UUCCUAAAAGUGGAACUUAAUUUUUAGUUGUCUUAUUUUAAGCAGAUUUCUUUUCUUUCUAAAUACAAUUUUAUAAAAAAUAUUUAUCAGUUAAAUAAUAUUAAGUGUAGCCGCUAAUAAUGAGCUGUAGUGAGGAUUCUGAUCCAGACUGUAGGAAAACAUCCAAAUCAAAAACGUCUGAAAAAGUUGCAAUCAAACGCGAAGUGUUUCAAUCAUCUAAUUCAAAAACGAAAUACCAGCAAAGGUUUUGUGACAAAUGGUUAAACAUAUUUGACCCAUGGUUGACUCGUUGCGAUGAUGAUCCCAACAAGCCGUUCUGUCGUGCUUGUCAAUGUCGUUUAGAUUGCAAUCGCUGUCACUUGCAACGCCAUGAACGAACGACCAAGCAUGCCCGCAAUCUUGAAAUACUUAUUAACAAAGGUGAAGGAGCUGCUCGUCAAAAUUUGAGCAUACGUCAAGAGCGAAGUAAAUAUUACCAACAGCGUAAGAAGUUGAACUUUUCAGGACAGUCAUUUCAACAAUCUGAUGCAGAUUUAGAUGCAAAUGACUAUAUUGAUGAUACUGUUGAGCUGGAAAAUGAAACUUCAUUCCAUUUCGUUCAGACCGAAGGAACACCUAUUGGAUAUCCAAAUGAACCAUUUAUGAAGCAUGAGAAUUUAUCUAGUGACGAAGCUAGAGUUCCAUUAACCGAUGGUUUCAAAAAUCAAAAUGUACCAAAACAGGGUAUUAAAAAAGAACGCAUGAAAUUACUUAUGCAAAUACAAAAAGAUAAAGAUGAACUGAUGAACUCAUACAGAGAAUUGAUAGGGUCACAUACACAUCAGUCAAGUUCUCCACAUAGAGAAAAAAAUCAUGUAGAGCUGUUUUUUGAUAGUGUCAGCUCAACUGUACAGUCCUUUUCACCGAAACUUAUUGCAGAAGCUAAAAUGCGUAUUUCUCAACUGCUUUAUGAUUUGGAAGUGCGUAAUUCGAACGAAACACAGAAUGGAUCCUUAAUCAAAACUAGUAAUGGAGCUACAGUAGUUUUGCCAGACUGUAAUAGUGUAGAAGGAUCGUAUCUUGUAACUUCGCCACUAGUUAUGCAUUCAUCACAACACCAAGAGGAUGAUAACGAAUUUGAAGCGAUUAGCUGAAGUAAUUGUUAUAUAAUUCGAAUGAUAUUAUAAUAGCAUAAGUGUAAAAUGUAACUAGUGUGUUUAAAAUAAAAAACAAAUAAAAUUCCA